AUGGAAGCGGUUUCCAAUGCCUGGGAUUCCGUUGAUUGGGAAACUUUGCAGGCUAAAAUUGAGAUGGAAAUUGGAGCGUUGGGAGAUCGACAAGAUGAUUCAGAGGAGAGACGGAAGAAAUUAGUGGAAGAGAGCAAUUCAUACAGAGAAAGAACUACAAAGGUUAGUUUUUUAAAGCUCAAAUCUGCUUAUUUUCGGGGAAAUGCGAAAAAUGUGAUAUUCUCUUGGUCCAGAAAAUUAAAUUUCUUAUUUCGUCCACAAAAUCGCAAAAUUCGCAUUUUUUUUCUGAAAAUUCUCGGCUUUUCAUGGAUUUUUUCCAUACAAUGCUUCAAUUUUCAAAUUAUCACGCCAUAGAUAAAUUUAUUGUUGUUUUACAGCUCGAAUUCUCAUUUUCAGCGAAUUUCAGUUGACUCAAAAAUUCUAGUUAUAAAUCACAAAAAAAUACGUUUCAAAAUUUCUAUAUAAUUCAUUAUCAAAUAUUUUUUCGAUGCAUGGUAAUCCUUCAGUUCCCUCAAUCUAAAAAUUCAACCGCAGUCACAAUUUUGCACCUGAUCCCUUUUCUCCUUUAAAAUAUCCAAUGAAAUGAAUCAUGUUUCCCUUUUCUUUUUCUCCAUUUUGGAAUUAAUUAUUUUCGUUGAUCGAACCAACGAAUCGCCUAUUUACUAAACAUGGAAAAGGGAAGAAGAGCAGCUGGUUGGAGGAGAAAGAAGACUCGAAGAAAUAACCCCUUUUAUAAAUAAUAACACUAUUUUGUUGUGCGGGUUUAUUGAUUCGAUUUUAUGUCACAUCUGUCACCAAAAUUUGUUGAUUUCCAAUUUUUUGGUUGAUUGGUUUUUUGUGUUGAGCAAAAUUGGAAAUUGGGAAAGGAAAUCAUACUAAAAAUCAAUUUUUAUAUGAAAGGAUUGGAAAAUGAAGAGGGGGGGGUAGGGGGAAUAAUUUUCAAACAAUUUUGUAUAACCAAAAUCCAGGGGUCCUUGAAAAUUUGUUCUGAAUUUUUUUUUGGAUUUUUUUAAAAAGUUUUAUGAAGUACGGGUUUUAAGAAUUUUGCUCCACUGCAUCCAAUUCACGCUUUAUAACGUGGCAAAAUUGAGAAUUUCUCUGCUUCAAAAAUUUGCUUAUGAAAUUAGCAAUCUGUGAGGAAAAUCACUGUUUCAAUAAUGCCAGAUUUUUUUUUGAAAAAUUGAAAUCGAGUUAAGAAGUAAUAGUUUUUUUUAAAAAUAAAUGCGCAAUUUUCAAAACAAUAAUUCUGUUUGAGUUGAACUCUAGACAUAGUUUUCUAUGAGUCAAAAAACCAUAUAAACUUCCAGGAUUCGAGAAAAGUAGCCGUCCCACUUAUCAAAGCAUUCCAAAGUCAAUUCGAUGGUUUAAUUGCUCGAAGUCAAUCAGCCGAAUCUGCUCUAAUCGAUAUUUGCUCACAAAUAACAAAUCUACCAGGUAUUCACACAAUAAUCAAAUUUGUUUUUAUUUUUCUUUUUCUCUUCAAAAAUAUUUUCGAGUCCUUGUCUGAUUAUUUCUCAAUAUCGAUAGAUAUUCAGAAAAAUAUGUACUCGGAGUACAACAUUUCCCUUCUUCUUCUUCGUCUUCUUCUUUUUCCACAUCAAUAACAUUCGUUUUUCCGAAAAAUGUCGACGUCUUCGUCUAUUUUUCGCUUUCAACGAGCAAUCAUUCAUCGAUUUUUCAACGUCUUCUUUUUUUUCCUUUCUUUUUUCUUCUGCUCAUAUAUGGAUUUUCUGCGUCUCGUUUCCCUCAAUGCUAUUUCGUUGAACUAACCAAAUGUGUGUGUAUUUUAUGAGUGACUAGGGACUCUUUUUUAUUUUAUUUAUUGAAACUUAUGAUUGAGAUGAGAUAGGAAAUUGUUUGAAGAUCUGAUGUGAGGAGAGUGAAUAUAAAAAGAGUGAAUAGGAAAUUAUCAAUAAUAUCUUUUUCACGUGGAAUUUGAGAUGAAUUUUUUGAAAAUUUUAAACACGUUAUUUCUCAUUUUUGGAAUUUGGAAUUUCGGGAAAUGCUAUUUCUUACACUUUUUAAAUUACCGGAAGAAGUUUAGGAUUUUCAGGAACACGUAAGUUAUUUCUCAUGUGAUCGAAAAUUUAGAUUCAGAAAGUUGUGUAGUUUUUGAACGAGGUUAUAGGUUUUCGAAAUAUCUUGUAUUCACACCUCUUCCAGCAUCUGAAACUACACUUUGCAUUUUUUUCUCGAAGGCUAAUUUUUCUGAGUGAUUUUAUUUUCCUGAAAUCAUGGUUUCUCGUCAUCAGACAAGUUAGAGUAUAACUCAGCUAUCAGAAAUAAGUUCCAGUUUUUCUUUGAUUAUUGUGAAAUUUAGAAAAUGAUUGUGAAACCUUGGAAUUUUCAACGUUGUUUUGAAGAUUCUGUUUUGAUUUUUUAUCCGAUAAAAAGUGCUGAUAAGAAUUUUGGAGAAUAUGCUGAAGCUUAUUUAUCUCUUAUUCGUAAAAGAUCUAGGUGCUCUCCGUCAUUUCAAAAUGAGAUUUUCUGAAAUUCUUAACCCCAAAUAGAUGGAGAGCAGUCUUGAAGCCAAAAUUCAAUAAUCGUUUUAUUUUUAUUCCUUCCUCCAUUUUCCCUCAUCUCCUUCCUUGCUCCUCACUGAAAUCGAUAUAUCUAUUCAUCUAUCUGUCUUUGAAAAAUGGAACAUGCUUCAUCCCCAGAUGGUCAUUAAUUCAACUCCCAUUUUUGGCCAAAUCGAUUGCGCACGUCCUUCUCUCGUCGCUUGCUUCGAAACUCUUUUCCCUUCUUCUUCUUUUCCUUUUUUCACUCGUCAAUCUAUAUUUCCAAAUCGAGCCAGAUGCUUUCUUUCGAUCAUGGUCCCGCCUCCUUAUAUAUAUUUUUCCAUGCCUUCUUCUUCUCCUCUUAUUUUGGUUUUGUGUCCAUUCGAUUCUGCACCCUGAGUGUCUGGCCGUGUGCCAGCCAGCCAGCCAGCCAUUCAACUAGCCAUCCCUCCUCCCCCUUAUUUUUCUCGUCUUCUUUUCUUCUUCUUCUAGCUCUUCGAUUGCCUUUUGCGGCGAUCGAUCUGAGCAUGUUUGUGUCUUUUAGCCUUGAUACUCUUCCCCUUCAGUGGCACUUGCUGACACCAUUUUCUCUUCAUAAUCUCAAUUUUUCUAGAUCCGAAAAGUUUGCUGAAAGGCGCUGAAGCUUGGAAAAACGACGCUGAUAAAACAAAACGAGCUGUUGAAGAACGAGAAACUCUUAAGAGACAAUUACAAGAGGCACAAAAUCAAUUGGCGGAUUUGAAAAAUAACGAUGCAGAAGUGAGAAAACUUCGAGAUCAAGUUGCACGAAAAGAAGCUGAACAUCAACAUUUGAUUGAAGAAAGUGUUGAAGAAGUUGAAAAACGAUUGAAUAACGAAUAUUCGAUUCGAAUUGAUGAAAUGAAUUUGAAACAAGAAAAAAUGCGAAUGGAGAAUGAGAUUUUGGAGAAGAAAAUCAAUGAUACUGAAGCGAGAAAUCGAGAAUUUCAAAGGAAAUUGGAUGUUGCUAAAAUGGCAAAUGAUCAAAAAGAAUCAUUGGAAAGUGAACAAUUAUCGAUUGCUGUUAAAGAUUUGUCAGAUUCAAAUAAUCGAAUUGUAAGUUUUUCUUGAAUUCGAAAAUUAUUAGGUUGGAAAAAAAUUGAACUUUUUUGGGCAAUUUUCGACACAUGGAAAUUUUCGAACUCUAAAAUUUUUCAAGUUUUGUUUUUCAUGCUCCAAAUUUUUUAAAGAAUUUUUUUGAUAGCUCUUAGGUGAGCUAAAUCCAAUUUCUAAGCUAACCUGAGCAAUGAAAUUAGAAAAAAAGUAUUAUCAGCAAACUGAUUUUCAAUUCCAGAUUUUACUCGAAGAAAAGUUGGCACAAAUGACAUCCGAGUUAGCCAAAAUCAACGAAACCAAAGCCCGUGGAGGAAUUGAGGAUUUUGGUGGAUUGGCUGAGAAAUUGGUGAAAAAAGAGGAAACUAUUGGAAAAUUGAUUGAACAAAUCAAACAUAUUGAAAAUAAGCAUGAAAAAGAAAUUGAAGCAUUGAAAAAAGAAUCGGAGAAAUUUGAUAAGGAAUUGAUUGCAAGUAAGAAAUUGGUGGAUGAUUUGAAAGGACAAUUAGAUGAGAAAAGUGAUUAUGAAGCAAUUAAAAAUGAAUUGAGGUUGGUUGGUUUGUGGAAACAUUUUAUUAGAAAAUUUCAAAUUUUCAGAUUACUCCGUGAAAUUGAAUUUGGUGCACCAUCGAAUUCUUCACCAGAAUCAUUUGGUGAAUCUGCUGAAACUCUUGAUAAACUUUUGGCUGAAAAAAAUCGCCGAUUACAAAAUGAAAAUGCCAGCCUUCGAGUGCUCAACGAAGGAUAUAAAGGUUAGUUUAUUUAUAUUAUUUGUGAAGAUGUUGUGAGUGUGUGAAACAGUGAAAAUAUUAUAUCAAAUUAUUAUUUUUUUGAAUUAAAUUUGUUGUUUUUUGUUUUAUUUUGCAUGAUUUGUUUGUUGUUGUAACUCUGGUUUCGUUUUUAUUUCUUAUUAUUAACAAUUUAUCGAUUUAGAAGAAGAUCAAUCAAAUGUGGUGGAGAAUAAGGAGCUGGUGAGUUGAAGCCUUUUGAAAAUUGAAAACAAUAUUUUCUUCCAGAAGAAAAGUGAGAGUUUUGAAGAUAGUGAAGUUUUGGAGGAUAGUGAAAUGGCAUCGUUGGAUUUGCUCGCAUUUUUGAGGGUUGGUUUUUUUUUUGAAGUUGAAGUCAGAAGUGGAUUGGACCAUUUGGAAAAUUUUUGCUCUGUCGCACACUUCACUUUUCGGUGUGCAGUUCUCUUGGCGCUAAAUUUCAGACUUGCUCAUUCACAAUUAAAUUUAUCAUCAAAAGUUAAAUAUUUUGGUGACCAACAGAUUUUUUUCUCGAAAAUUCAGAAAUUAUAAGUACAAAUCUUAUAUCACCAUUUUCCAAAUAUUCUCAUUUUUCCCCCGUCUUUUCAGCAAAUAAAAAAUGAGGCAGCAAUCACUGCAUCACAACCAAAACAAAUUCGAACAGCAACUCAUACAAUUACAACCACCGCAUUACCGCCAGCCAAAAAACGAUCUUUCGAUUUUUCUGACUCACCUCCGUUUGAAGAAGAUGAUGCGGCUAUGAAAUUGACGACUUCGAUUCUUUCUGUUGCACAGGAUACGAAUCCGGUUGAAGCGAAAACUGUGGAGAAAAUGCAGGUAUUUGAAAAAAUCUGGAACAAUAUUAAUUUAUUUCAAAAAUAUCAUUUUGUAGCAACAAAUUCAAGCGAAUGUUCGAAAAUUGGGAGCCCGUCCAUUGAAUACGAUGGAAAUUGCGAGACAAUGCAAACGACUUAUGGUUGCUUAUAAUAUUGGGCAGAGAUUAUUCGCGAAACAUGUGAUGAAUCAGGUAGUAAAGGUGAACUGCUUUAUACUGCUUUUGUUUUUGGUGUGAUUGUGAUGCAAAUAUUUGAAAGAGAAAAAUACUUUUAUAAUUCAUUGGAAAAAUUUUAUUCAUAAUUUUAAAAAAAAAUUUGGGGAAAUUUUGAAACGUAUUUUUUUGGAUUUUUUGUCAAUUAAAAAAAAGGGGGGGGGGGAAGACAACAAAAUUUAAUUUGCUCAAAAGAUCGGAGCCCUUUGAAUAGUAAAAGCCCCAGGGGACUUUUUUCUCGAAAGGCUAUACGUUCUCCAAAAGUUUAUGGAAUAUUUUAUACGUGGUACCAUUUUUUCUGGGCGUUUUCAAAAAAAAAACUCUGGAGGUUUUACUACUUUUAGGGAGUCUUUAACUUUGCGACAAAACUUUUUUGUAGUCUUACACCCUCCCUUUUAAUUCGAUUGACUCACCACCUUAAAAUUUAAAUUCUGAUUUUUUGAAAACCUAAUCAAAUAUUGCAUGUUCGCAAAGUUUUUGCUUGAUUAUCUGUGUUCUAUGAAUUUGUUCAUUAACCUUCUGAUGUUUACAGUCACAAGGAUCCCUUUCGGAAUUACUCUCAAAGCCGCGCCAUUGGAGUAAAUUAACUGACAAAGGACGAGAAGCAUUCCGAAGAAUAUAUGCAUGGAUCAGUGAUGAUAUUGCGAUUGAUCUCCUUUGUUCACUUAGCCCUCGUCGUGUUUGGCCUUCCGAGCAGAAAAUCGAACAUCCUGAACCGGAAUCACUUUGGGAAUCGAAUAGUGCCAAUUUACCACCGCAAGAAGAGACCAAAGAGAAUCCAUUCAAACCGUCGAGUGCGCGAGAAGAUCAAUAUCGAUUGGCUGGAACAUCGAGUAGUUCGAGAAACAAUUCAGUUUGUAGUUCACAAAUUCCAAUAAGAUCAAGUCGAUGGAGACAUGAUGAUAUUUCCAAAGAAAAAAUUAUGAGCAUUUUCCAAGCUGAGAUGGAUAAAUUGAAAGAGCAAGAAAGUAGUGUUGAAAGAAUUGUUGUACCGAAAAAUGGGCAUACUUCAUCAAUAAGAUCAACUCCUGAAAAAUUAUCGAAAAGUAGUUCGAUUGAAAGAAUUAUGAAAAAUCGAAUGACAUCUGGAAUGCAACCAAUUACACAACAACAAUUUGAUACAUAUUCACAAGUUGAUACUGAACAAUUAGUGAAACAAGUUAAAGAAUUCCUAACACUUCAUACAAUUUCUCAACGACAAUUUGGUGAACAUGUACUUGGAUUAAGUCAAGGAAGUGUUUCGGAUUUAUUGGCAAGACCAAAAACUUGGACACAAUUAACACAAAAAGGAAGAGAACCAUUUAUUCGAAUGCAAUUGUUUUUGGAAGAAGUUAAUGGUGGAGGAGUUGAGAUUCGAGUUAUGGAUGAUGAUUCGGAUUUAGCGAAAACAUUGGCAACUUUGCUGAAAAAUGUGCCAGUUGAUAAUGAUAUUGAAUAUAUUGAUAAUAAAGAUGAAGCUGAUGAAAUGGUAAGUUCAAAUAAUCAAAAAUGAUAAUUUCAAUUUAAUUUUCAGUUACAAACUGGAAGCAGUCUGGAUAGUAUUGUCAAAUAUAUAAAUAAAAGUACAAUUGAAGACGAUUCAAUUGACACAUUCAGAAUUGUUGGAGAAAUCAAACAAAAAUUAGAAGAAUAUGGAAUAUCUCAAAAAAUAUUCGGAGAACAUUUUCUUCAUUGUUCGCCUGGAACUUGUGAUGAUAUGUUGAAUCAUACAAAAACAUUUUUCGAAGUUCCAUUUAUUGAAAAAGAGCUCUUCCGAAAAAUGAAAAGUUUUCUCGCAAAUCCGGAUGAUAUUUUACAAGAAUUGGUGCACAAAGAGGCUACAAGAGAAGAUAUUCUUCUUGACAACCUUUUUGGUUUGCCAAACAAGACAAAUUUGAAACGAAAAGGUUCUGCUGAUAGUCAAGAUGAUGAUGGAGAGCCAAAAAGACAAAUACAGCGAACUGUUAUCACUGAUUUUCAAAAGGAUACAUUGCGAUUUGUUUUUGUGAAUGAGCAACAUCCAAACAUCGAUAUUUGUUCGUUGUUAGCCAAAAAAUUGGAUAUGUCGGUUAGAACUGUUCAAAAUUGGUUCCAUAAUCAUCGAACACGAACACGCGCAAGAGAAAGAGAAGGAAAAGUAUAUUCGGAUGCAAUGCCAGUCGGAAAUGAUACACAAAAAAGUGCAAAUUGGAAAAAGGUGAGGAAAUUCAAAUUUCUAGUGAAUUUCCAAAAGAUUUUCAAUAUUGUUAUAAUUUUCAAGAAAUUCAAUUUGCAAAGUUCGGAAUUUUGAACCAAAGUUUGAAAAAAAAAUCUAGAACCUCAAAAUUUUGCUCUCGAUUUAAAAUAAAUAAAUAAUUAAAAACAAAAAUAUUUUCAGGAACUUGAUUGUCGACUCGCUUCACAUUCAGCUGUUUCCAACACAACUUCAAGCUCAUUCUCAGAUCUUGUUGAAACUCCAGAUGUAACUUCUCUUGUCAAUAAUAUCAAAACCGCGACAACUAACAAAGUUAUGAAUUCAAGUAACAAUAAUAAUGUUAUGGCUCAACAUCAAACAAAUCUCGCUGACAUUUUAUCGUCAUCAAAUCAAAUUAUGGCUAAAAAAUCAACAAGUGGUCAAUUAGACAAACUUGUUGCAAAAAUGCGACAAAUUGCCGAGGAAAAACAAGAGCCAACCACAUCACAUUAAUUAAUUAUUCAAAUUAUUUUUGUAUAUACCUGCAUGUGUUAUUUUUUUCGAAUUUUCUAAGUCAAAGACGAAUAUUCUAUUCACUCUGGUUCACCGGUCAAAUUUAAUUACUUAACCAAUCGAUUUCUGUUUUUUGGAGCUUUUAUUUGAUACUCACUGAUUUAUGUAAUUAUGAUCUCAUAAUUUCUUUUUCUUUUCCUCAUUCACUAAUAAUUACUAACAAUAAAAUUUAUGUUUUGAAAAAAAAACGAUUUUGAGAGAGAGUGAAAGCGCGAGUUAAUUAAAAUAAAAUUUUCCAUUAAUUGAAGAAUUUCAGCAUCAAUUGAAGAGAAUCAACGAGAAACUCUCAAUCUAAAAUAUCGUGCAGAAACUGCUGAAACACUUGUUGCGAAACUGGAAAGCGAUUUGGAAAGUGCGAUUGGUGGAAAUGUUCGAACUGAAGGAAUGUCAACUUUAGAUGUUCUUCGAACUUCUUCAGGAGGACAACAGAGUCAGAAUAAUGAAGAUGGUGGAAUUCAAAGUCCGCCUGUUCCUGAAAUUACAUUGAUUCCAAUUUUGACAUCGCAAAGAAAUCGAUUACAUGAGAAAGUGACACAAUUGGAAGAGGUAUGGAGUUUUUUUUCAGAAGUUGAGGAAAAAUUUUUUCCCAAUUUUGUAAAGAAUUUUUGCUAAUCCAGGAAAUUAAUUUAAUUUUUUCGAAAAAAUUUCUCAAAGAUUGGAAGAUUUCAAAAAUUCCAGAAAAUUUUACUAAUCAAAAUGUUUGAUUUUCGAACGUAAUUUUUUAGAGGAAAAAAUAUGAACCUCAUUUUCCCAACUGAAAAAUAAUAUUUCAGAAACCUAAAAUUCUGAAAGCUUAGAAUUUUUGUUUCAAAAUUUCUAGACAAGGGAUGUUACUUUUAUAAUUAGAUUUUCGUACUCAAAAUUUCAAUGAAAAAUUUUUUCAUUUUCUUUUUUUUAGCUCAAACCUCUAAAAACCCGCCUCUAAUUUUGUGAAAAAUUCGAAGCUUCCAAAUUCCCAAUUUUCCAGAUGUUGGCCAUCGAAAAAACCAAACAAAUCGCCGUCCAAACCGAAAUCGAAAAAGUCCGACAAGAAAAUGCGAAAUUAUUCGAAAAAGUGCGAUUUUUGCAAGGCGGCUCCAAUAAAUCAUCAAAAAUUGUGAUUGAAGACGAUCUUAUGAGUGACACUUAUGAGACACCUUUCAAGUAAGAACUAUUCAGAAUUUUAAAUAAAAAAAGGUUUUUUUCUAAAGGAAAUUUUCAACAAAUGAAAGGAAUAAUCGACUUCAAUUGCAUGAUCGAGCAACUCUCAAUAUUGUGAGUUUUUAAAAAAGAAAUAUUGAUUUAAUGAGAAUAAUUAAUUGAUUAAUUACAGGGUCGAGCAAUUUUGUCAUCUUCAAAAUCAAGACUCACAUUCUUCUUCUAUCUUCUAAUCCUUCAUGCUCUUAUUAUGAUGGUGAGUUAGAUUAUUAACUAAUUAAUUUUUUAACCAAAGAUAUAUUCCAGGUUUUGUAUAAAUAUGCGUAUGAUCAAUCAACAGCUCGAGAUCAACAAACUGAAUGUGAAUAUCAAUUUAAUCAACAUAUGAUUCAAAGUCACAAAGAACAUUGA